AUGGUACAAGAUACUGUUUCUAAGCACAAGUCAACAGUUGUUAUUCAGAUAACACUCGCGGUAAUGGCAUGUGUUUGCCCAUUUAUGGCAUGUGGAGCUACACUUGGAGCGAUGUUCUGGUUAGGGUUACGAUUCGGAUCCAUACUCUGUGUCACGCCGUUCCUCGUGUUGGCUAUUGGAGUUGACGACGCAUACCUGAUGACAAACGCGUGGCAGAGAAUCACCAGUGAGAGGAGGGGUAGUCCAUUUCGGAUAUGUCCUACUAGCCAAAUGCAUGCACGACCAGCUAAACGCAGCCGUGGCGGAAUGAAACCCCAUGUCCUAGUUGUUGGUGAAGUAUUGCCCCAUAAGAAAACCCUUUCGGACAAUGUGGAUUCCGAGGUCCGCCAUAGGAUUGUGGAGAUGCUGGUCGAGACUGGACCAUCGGUGUCCAUCACAACAAUUACGAAUGUCUUGGCAUUCGGCAUUGGAGCGUUCACUCCCACGCCAGAAAUCCAGCUCUUCAGCAUUGGUAACGCCGCUGCUGUUGUUGUCGACUUCAUAUUCCAGGUAAAUUGA